GCAUUUCCACAGAAGAAAUGUUUAAACCUUUCCUGGUUUCAGACUUUGAUGAUUGACUUAAUAAUUCACUGGACAGCAUCACACCCAAUGAUGAUGUAGAGACUGAUUUACCAAAUCAGGUUUCAUAAAUCUAUAAAGAGGCUCACCUGCCCAAAUAGAGAGACAAAAUUGCUGUUGAAGUCAAAGGAUUCUACAGGAACAAUGAGUGCUUCCAAACUUCGGGAUAGCUCCUGCAGCAGUGACGUGAGAAUCGGACAUUCUCUGAAUAAAUAUGAGGAAGACUUUGUAAGCAAGAGAAAAGAAACUGUUCAACUAUGUCUCCAGAAGCUCGGGAUCAUCUGCAAUCUGACUGAUCUGCCAAAAAUUGCACUACUGGGUUCUGGAGGAGGAGAACGAGCCAUGCUGGGUUUACUGGGAUCUCUGGUUGGACUUGACAAAACAGGUCUACUGGACUGCAUCCUUUAUCUGAGUGGAAUCUCUGGAUCAACCUGGUGCAUGGCGUCUUUAUAUCAGGAGUCAAACUGGUCCACUAAUCUUGACUCAGUGAAACAGAAGAUCAUUCAGAGACUCAAAGGUCCUGCUGUGAGCUGGGGUGAUGCGAUUUCCAAACUGAAGAAAUAUUAUUAUGAGAAAGACAUCUUCAGUUUAACAGAUCUUUGGGCAGUGAUGAUCGUCACUUCAUUUGUAAAAGAGAUAAAUGAACACAAAGUUUCAGAGCAGCAGGUUGGAGAUCCGCUUCCCAUCUAUACAGUGAUUGACAAGGGAUUCAAACAGCACCAUGAUGGAGAUCCCUGGUUUGAGAUCAGCCCACAUGAAGCAGGUUAUUCUCUUACUGGAGCAUUUGUAAACGUCUCUAAAUUUGGCAGUAAGUUUGAGGGUGGCUGUAAGAUUAAGGAUCAGCCUGAAAAGGACAUGCUUUACCUGCAAGCUCUGUGUGGCAGUUGUAUCGCUGAUGGAGACAGCAACAAAGAAUUCAUUUGGGAAAAAAUAAAAGAAUUUUUUAAACAUUUAUUUAAUAGCAAGAAAGAGCUUUCUGUGGAGAGCUGGGAAGAUAAAACUCCACCUAUAGACAUUGCUUACCAAGUGCUCAUGGAUCUGGUGGAAAUGAAUCUCUUAGUGUUGAAAGGCGAAGAUCCUUCUCAUCUCAAAAGCACCAUCAGAGAAAAUCUAACAGAACUAACAGGAGAAAAAUGUCAGCUGGUGUUUCAGAUAGAAACGGGCGAUGUUAAACAACAAACGAUGCAGUUCAGUCUGGAUGUGUGUGACUGUUUAAAUCUCAAGUUCAGUAUCUGGCCGGUUGAUGUUUGUUGUAGCAUUAUUAAGUGCAUGGUUCAGUGGAUCUGGGGCAGAACGUACAACUUUCUCCACAAAAUGAAAGAUGAUGGAGUGCCUGCCGUUCUUCGGGACAGUGAGACGAGAGACUUUGAAGAUGCCGGUAUGUUGCUCAACUCACCUUACAUGUCAGUACUGAGACAGGAGAGAGACGUUGACCUCAUCAUUUCCCUGGAUUUCAGUGAUGGAGAUCCUUUUGAGACAGUGAAGAUAGCUGCUAAAAUGUGCAAGAAACAAAAAAUCCCUUUUCCUGAAGUUGAUAUACUGCCUGUGAAAUACCCAGAGGACUUUUAUGUGUUUAAAGGCCAUGGAGAAGCACCGACCGUGAUCCACAUCCCUCUCUUCAACACGGUCAACUGUGGAGAUAAAAUUAAGGAGUGGAGAGAGAAAUAUCGCACAAUUAAAUUUCCCUACAGUCCUGAUAUGAUUGAUCCUCUUCUGGAUGUCGCUGGGAAAAACAUCACAAACAACAAAGAGAAACUGCUGGAUGAGAUUCGAGCGUGCAUUAAAAAGAAAUCUUUUUCUAAAUAAAUAAUCCCAAAUAAGGGUUCUUCAGCUUCUGACAAUAGCAGAACCCCUUUUGGUGCUAAACAGAAGCCUAAAAAUAACCUAAUCUUAGAAACUAUGGGCUCUAUCUUACACCCGGCGCAAUGCAGCGCAAUGCGCGACGCAAGUGUCUUUCGCUAGUUUCCACCCUAAUUUUCACGUUUAGCGCCGCGUUGUUUAAAUAGCAAAUGCAUUUGCGCCCCCUUUGCGCCCAUGGGCGUUCUGGUCUGAAAAACGAGGUGUGUUCAGGCGCAUUGUUGGCGCGUUGCUAUUUUGAGGCAACUAAAAUAGACUACGCCAUUGACCAACAAAAACCUGGUCUAAAGUCUAAAGUCAAUGGCGCAAUAUGUUUUAUGUUAUUUAAAGAGCGCAUUAGUAAUAUGCGCCUAUAAACGGGAGGACAACGCGGGUUUGCUUAUCACAAAGUACAUAAAUGCGCAGCAGCACAAAAAUGCUUUUAAAUAUGAAAGAUUAAAGGAUUGAAUUUAAGAGAUUAUUAUUGAUUAUAUAUAUUUAUAAAUGAGGACUGAUUAUGAGACGUUAAAAGGCACAAAGAGCUGCUUUACCUGCAGCCUGAAAAGUAAAUAAAUGCUUUGCUUUAAACAAAUGCGUCUGUUUUUAAAUGUUUUUUUUUAAUGCUACCUCACGGAUUUAUUGUAUAUGAUGUACCUGUGGAUAUGGCGAGAUGAGAAACAUUUGUAAGUAAUGCUUAAAAAAAUUCUUUGCUAAAAAAAACGCUGUCCAAAGUGCUGAAACGUGAGGAGAGCCGUUUGUAAAUUCUUUAUCUCCUGUUUGUUACAAAUAAAGUAUUUUUAGAGUACAAACCUUAUCUUACAUACUUGUAAAUUAUGUUUUGAUGAUAUUGGAUAGCCAUACAUUUAAAGCAAUUACAAGCCUGCUUUUUACUUCCAUGACUAAAAGAAAACGGGUUUUAAAGGUUUUAAUAAAAAAAUAACAAUUUCAAUAUAAGGGAAAAACAACACAAUUAUUUAACAUUAAUCUUAAACUGGGAUCUUCUACCUCCGCUUAGUUUUUCAGUUUACAAAGUCCGUCAUCUAAAUAGGGAUUAGUCAUAGCGCCAGCGCAACUUGCUUUUAAAGGGAAUGAGAGCUGAGUCUCUCAUUGGUUUACUGCACGUUACGCCCAAAAUACUCCCAUUACAAUAGGACCUACCCUUUUCGACCAUGCGCUCGGCGCAAAAAUGAUUUUUCCCGUCGUUAAAUUAGCAAAAGUGGAUUCGGACACGCCCAUUUAGACGUUGCGCUGUGCGCUUUAGACAAUGCGCUUAGAUCGUUAAAAUAGGGCCCUAU